AUGAGUAAAGGUGAUUAUUUUACGGUUGUUCAAACGGUUGAGGCAGGUAGGCCUGUGCUGACGGUAGUGCCGCACCAAUGGGUCCACGGCAAUGACUUGUUUUGGCCGACCAAAAAUGCGGAUUCAUUUCAAAAAAACCCUGCGUCAAAACCUGGUACCAACUGGACCAAAAUGCGUUGCUCGGUGAAACGAAAGUACAUACCAACUUUCGACGCAGCGCAGCAAGAGGCUGCGAAUUUGUCCGGAAUAUCAACGGAUGCAUCCGAUGCAGCACCCAAGCGGAAGAAAAAAACUAAAAAAGUCCAGGAUCAAAAGAAAUACGAUUAUAAUCACCUGCUGACCUCGUCGCAAGCCAAUACGAUCCAUCCGGAAAUUCAGAGUCAGACCGCAGAAGACGUUCAAAGUCAGCCGCUCGAGACUAUAUACUGUCAACCAGAUUUGACCCAACUUUUGGCUAACUCUCAGGGAAGUGACCUAGAAUCGAUGGCCAAUAACCCGAUCGAGACAACUGCAACUACUGCGAGCAUGCCCUGUGGUAGCACUCCGAUCGAGACAACGGUACAUGAACCGCUAGAUAAUCUGUUAACGGAGGGAUAUGUUCUUAACAUUCAACAGCCUGAUGGAGAUAGAAUUAUCAAAGAAAUUGCCAAUAAAAUCGAUGAGGCAUGCAGAAACAUAUUGCAUGAAGUUCCUGGAAUCAUC